GUAAAAUUGUCAAACUACCGCGCAGCAGCGAGACCUAUUUUGAGAGGCGGAGCUCGCGUCUCCCUCCGUUCGGCGAGGCGCGUUCUAAAUGAAAGGAGCGCGUGAGCGGCGGUUGCUGUGACUUCCUCGCUCGCGCAUCGGCAGCUACAUUGUGUGGAACGCAGCACGUUGUUUGGCUCUUCCGCGCGCGCGCUGGUGAACUUUACGCCGAAUACUAAAAAAAUUCUCCUGCUUCGCGGAUCUUUUCCCCCGGACGUCUUUUGUAAGUCGGAAAUUCAAAAAACAUGUCGGCCUCGGCGGCAAAAGUGAGUAAAAAGGAGCUGAACUCGAACCAUGACGGCGCGGACGAAACCUCCGAGAAAGAGCAGCAAGAAGCUAUUGAACACAUCGAUGAAGUUCAAAAUGAAAUUGACAGGUUGAAUGAGCAAGCCAGUGAGGAGAUCCUGAAAGUAGAACAGAAAUACAACAAACUCCGUCAGCCAUUCUUUCAGAAGAGGUCAGAACUGAUCGCCAAAAUCCCCAACUUCUGGGUCACCACGUUUGUCAACCAUCCACAAGUAUCUGCCCUACUGGGAGAGGAAGAUGAAGAAGCACUUCAUUACCUGAGCCGAGUGGAGGUGACCGAGUUUGAAGACAUCAAGUCGGGCUACAGAAUAGAUUUUUAUUUCGAUGAAAAUCCUUACUUUGAAAACAAACUACUUUCCAAAGAGUUCCAUUUGAACGAGAGCGGAGACCCGUCUUCAAAGUCGACAGAAAUCAAAUGGAAGUCAGGAAAGGAUCUGACCAAGCGCUCCAGCCAGACACAGAACAAAGCAGGAAGGAAGAGGCAACACGAAGAGCCAGAGAGCUUCUUCACCUGGUUCACCGAUCAUGCCGACGCCGGCGCUGACGAGCUCGGAGAGGUCAUCAAGGACGACAUCUGGCCCAACCCCCUGCAGUACUACCUGGUUCCUGAUAUGGACGACGAAGAGGGUGAAGGUGAGGAUGAUGACGAGGACGAGGAGGGUCUGGAAGACAUAGACGAGGAGGGAGAUGAAGAUGGAGAGGAUGACGAAGAGGACGAUGGAGAAGAUGGCGAGGAUGACGAGGGAGAAGACGACUAAAAUAAUAUCAUCUGCUCAGACCCUAAACCUUCUAUUCCCUGUUUGGUUUUUCCACUCAUGUUUGGGAGCAAAGGUUUUAAAUUGUUGUUUUGUUUUUUUACUUUUUUUUUUUAUUUUAUAUAUAUAAAUCUGUGUGCUUCAUUUUUCAUUCUGAAGCCUCUUCACCUUGUUGGUGCCAUGUUAUGUUCUUUAGUCUCAUCCAAGGCCAAUGGCACUUUGCCCUGAAUUGUGAGUACCAUCCCCAAGUCAUCUCAAUAAUGAUAAUUAAAAAAUAGAAUCUGCACGGCAUUCUGAGUAGAAUUUGAAGAAGAUUUACUCAGAAUUGCUCCUGUUAAAGUUUGGUCGAAUGACUUGAAGCCAUGGUGUAGUGACCCAGCGCUAGCUAACCUCAAUUUCUUUAUCUCCCAUUUAAUCUUUUUCAGUUGGGAUGUUGAUCCCUUGAAAGAAACUGUUAUAUUUGUUCCCCUAUGUGGUUAACGAGUACCAGCUCAUUCCUUUUUGACUUGUAAUGUUUAGGGGGAGGGGGGGUGGGGUUAAGCUGGAGAGGGGCAAGAGUAUGUUGGUUAUUGAGGAGAGUGGUUAUUUUGACCAUUUCUAUGGGACUUUUUUUUUUUUCAUUGUAUUGUUUUACAGAUAUCCAUGCGAUUUGAAAUGACAUUUUUAAUAAAGAACAAAAAUGGAAAAAAACAAGCUUGUAAAUUUUGGCCCCUACUGCUUCAUGGGUAAAAUAAAAAUAAGACCCCCUUGUCUCAUA